AUGACUGCUGGCUUCUUUAUAGAACUCACUAUCCUGGGCCGUCUUGAAACCAUGCCAUUCUGCAACCAAAGCUGGCACCAGCUGCUACUGAAACUCACCUUUGCACUGGGAUCACUGUGGACGCUGUUCCUGGCCCUUCAGCUGGAGUCACCCUUGUCUACUCACCUAAUCCACAGUAAUCGCUGGUUGGAGUACAGGGAUUAUGACUUCGGCCCAGAGGGGGUGUGCAACUGCUCAGCAAUCCAGGAGGGAAACACAGAGGCGCUGGAGGAAGCCAAACUAUUAACCAUCACAAAAGAGUUCCAGAAAAAUAUUCAGAUCCCUGAUGAGUAUUACAUUAAGGAAACCAAAGACUGUGGGAAAUUCAAGUCAAAGAGGAAAUAUAUAACAUUUUCCCUUAGCAAAGAAGAAGAAGACUUUCCUCUGGCUUAUUCUAUAGUUGUUCAUCACAAAGUGCAGAACUUUGAGCGACUGCUACGAGCCAUCUAUGCACCUCAGAACAUUUAUUGUAUUCAUGUGGACAAAAAAUCCCAGCCCUCUGUAAUAGCUGCUAUUAGCAGCAUCGCUUCCUGUUUCCCCAAUGUCUUCAUGGCCAGAAAGGCUGAGACCGUGGUCUAUGCUGGGUGGACUCGUGUCCAAGCUGACCUCAACUGCAUGGCUGACCUUUAUGAAUACAGUGCAGAGUGGAAAUACUUCAUCAACCUGUGUGGACAAGACUUCCCUCUAAAAACCAAUUUGGAAAUGGUAAGAAUACUGCGCUCACUGAAAGGCGGCAACAGCAUGGAGUCCGAAGAUAUGUCUCAAGUUAAGAAGUGGAGGGUAUCAACAGUUCACCAUGUUGUUAAUGGGAUAAUCAAGUCGACAGGAAAGUCAAAGAGUCCGCCUCCCUUCAACUUCCCCAUUAAGUCAGGAAAUGCCUAUAUCGUGGUAACUCGGGGCUACGUCCAGAGUGUUUUGAACGACACUCGAGUACAAGCUCUUAUCGAAUGGUUCAAAGACACCUACAGUCCUGAUGAGUUCCUGUGGGCGACCAUUCAACGAGUCCCCGGUGUGCCUGGCUCGACGAGACCCCACACUAAGUACGAUCAAACGGACAUGAAUGCCAUUGUACGACUAGUGAAAUGGGCGUCGCAUGAAGGAUCACAGCAUUCAGCAGUGUAUCCUCCGUGUGAGGGCAGCCACAUACGGUCAAUUUGUGUAUAUGGAGCUGGGGAUGUAAAAUGGCUGCUGGAGAACCAUCACCUAUUUGCCAACAAAUUUGACAUGUACAAAGAUCCCAUUCCUGUCUUCUGCUUGGAGAAUCAUCUCAGACAGAAAGCUCUGGCUGAAUCAGAAGGUGAAAUUUUUUCUAGUCUUGAUAGAUGAGUUAAAACAAGAUGAUCUACUGGAACAUAUUUAUGGUUGGAAAGUAAAUUUUUAUCUGUGGGGGGUGAAGACAGUGGAGGGGGGCAGGGGAGUUUAUGAAUACUUUGAGGCCACUGUGGUUCAGAGGUAGCAAUUCAUCCUGUAACCAGUGUGUAGAAGCCUAAAUUCAGUUUUGUUCGUUCAGACCUUUAGGAUAAAUUAAAUUUAUAUUUCUUAUGAUAAUUUGUUUAUUUGGAUAAAAAUGAUUACUAGUUAAAUCUCCAAUGCAUACAAAUUUGUUACAUUGGACUAUACUAAAGCCGUCUUUUAAAUUUGUAUAUCUAAUUGCAGUUAAGGAUUUUAGGGUGUGGCUAGGGAACAAUAGUUGGGCAGUUGGAGUUUAGCCACACAGUUUGUUGACCUCUCUCUUUAGACUCUCUUAUUUACUUUUUAUUAUUUUGUGGAAAAGUAACAUUUGUACCGUUUUUAUUUCUGAAGUAAACCGUUUAACUUUAUCCAGUCUGGUUUUUUGUCGUUUCGUCAUCAAGUGGAUCGAAUGGGAAAGACGGAGAGCGUCAAGCUU